AUGCUUCUCACAUGCCUCUCUAUCUCACACGCGCACACACACUGUGCACUUCUCUUGCUGCCAGCUUUUUCUCUUCUAAUCUCUCUCUCGUUUUACUCUGUCUCUCUCUCAUUUUACUCUGUCUCUCUCUCAUUUUACUCUGUCUCUCUCUCAUUUUACUCUGUCUCUCUCUCAUUUUACUCUCUCAUUUUACUCUCUCAUUUUACUCUCUCAUUUUACUCUCUCAUUUUACUCUCUCAUUUUACUCUCUCAUUUUACUCUCUCAUUUUACUCUCUCAUUUUACUCUCUCAUUUUACUCUCUCAUUUUACUCUCUCAUUUUACUCUCUCAUUUUACUCUCUCAUUUUACUCUCUCAUUUUACUGUUACUCACUUAAUGCACUCCUCCUCCUCUCCCAAAACUUUUUACUCAUCUCUUAAUUUUGUUUCGUUUCCUCCCCCACCUCCAUUACACAACUUCCUCUGUUCUCUUUUACAGAUUCUUAUUCUCCCUGCAACCAUUCUUUCCCAACUCCCCACACAGCAUCCUUCCUUCCUUCCACUUGCUGACCUUGUAGCCAAAAGCAAAGAAUUUUUUUUUAAGUGA